CUUCCGCUUCCGCGGUUGAGGGAAAGGCCCGAGGCCAGGCUGCUGGUUGACGCGCAGGCGCCGUUGGUUCGGCUCUUGUCAGGCGCAGCUGUCGCUGCCAUCAUGGCUGCCUUGCAGGACAAGUACUCGGUGUUGCUGCCCACUUUCAACGAGCGCGAAAAUCUGCCGCUCAUUGUGUGGCUACUGGUGAGGAGCUUCGACCGGAGUGGAAAUGAUUUUGAAAUUAUAGUAAUAGAUGAUGGAAGUCCAGAUGGGACACAGGAAGUUGCUGAACAGUUGAUAAAGAUUUAUGGAUCCGAUAAAAUCCUUUUAAGACCCAGAGCAAAGAAACUUGGAUUGGGGACGGCUUACAUUCAUGGAAUGAAGCAUGCCACAGGAAACUUCAUUAUUAUCAUGGAUGCUGACCUUUCGCACCACCCAAAAUUCAUUCCAGAAUUUAUCAGAACGCAGAAAGAGGGAAACUUUGACAUUGUGUCUGGAACUCGAUAUAAAGGAAAUGGAGGCGUGCAUGGGUGGGACUUGAAACGAAAAUUAAUCAGCCGUGGCGCUAACUUCCUCUCUCAAGUUCUACUGCGGCCAGGUGCAUCCGACUUAACAGGCAGCUUCAGGUUAUACAGAAAAGAGGUAUUACAAAAGCUGAUGGAGAAUUGCGUUUCAAAAGGAUAUGUUUUCCAGAUGGAAAUGAUUGUCCGGGCCAGACAACUGGGUUUCUCUAUUGGAGAGGUUCCUAUAUCAUUUGUGGACAGAGUCUAUGGAGAAUCUAAACUAGGAGGCAAUGAAAUAGUUUCUUUUCUCAAAGGACUGUUGACUUUGUUUGCAACUACAUAAUUUAUUAAAGAGAAUCUUCCCUGCAUUCCAUAAAUCUUUACAUUGGACUGAAGAAAUUAUUUUUAUAUGGGAUAGUAGAAUCUUGCUAAGUUUCCUUAUGGCUAUACGUAGAAAAUCAUUGCUAAUUUCUGAUUUGAAGAAAAACUAGGACAGUGCAUAUAAUUCAGGAGGUGUUAUUACCUGUGAAUAAUGAUCACUGUAAUGUUUACUGUUCAGUUUUUAAAAAAAAUAAAAUUCCAUUUAUAUGGUGUUUUAAGUUU